AUGCUUCGCAAAUUAGGGUUCCGAAAGUGGAGCGUUACAUAUUAUGUUUCAGAUUGCUUCAGGAGUGCUUCAAAUGUUUACUUACAGAUGCUUGAUAAUUCAUUUCGUGCCAACUCUAACGAGGUGUACGAGCUCAUGGAAAGACUAGAGGCCGCAUUCAUCGAGUGGUUUGCACAAGGAAAUCGUGGAAAAGGGAAGAAAUCGUUGAGGCUAGGAGAAAAAAGGGAGAAGCACAGAAUAACAUUCCUCCUUGGUCUAUUUACAGGCUGCUCGGUAGCACUAGUGAUAGCCGUUAUUGUCUCAAUGCAUGCUCGGGAUCUUCUCAAUCACACGGGACGAGAUGAGUACAUGGAGAGCAUAUUUCCACUCUACAGUUGGUUUGGAUUCAUCGUCCUACACUUACUCAUGUACGGGUCGAAUGCCUAUCUUUGGAGGCGAUUUCGUGUGAACUACCCUUCUAUUAUUGGAUUCACAGAAGAAACAGAUCUAAGCUUUAGAAAAGUGCUCCUUCUUGCUUCUGCACUAUCCGUGCUCUCGUUGGCAGCUGUGCUUUCAAACCUUGACAUGGAGAUGGAUCUCAGAACAAUGAAGUAUAGUACAGUUACAGAACUAGUUCCAUUAACAUUAGUCCUUCUGGUACUUCUUGUCACCUUCUGCCCUUUCAAUAUUCUUUAUCAUUCGAGCCGGUUCUUCUUCCUCCGCCAUGCGUGGCACUGUGCUUCUGCUCCACUACAAAAGGGAACUUUUACUGAUUUCUUCUUGGAAGAUCAGCUAACAAGCCAGGUUCAAGCAAUCAGAAGCUUGCUUUUCUAUCUCUUCUACUACACGAUGGGAGAUUUCACCACGAGAUCAAAUGCGUUUCUUAACCAGAAAUUAUACAAGGCUUUGUACAUUGUUGUUGCAAUCAUCCCAUCAUGGUGGCGUCUUCUUCAGUGCCUUUGUCGUUUGUAUGAGGAGUGUUAG